AUGUCACACCACUAUAGUAAAAUGACAUCAAGGAAGAAAAUGUCACAUCACGGUAGUAAAAUGACAUCAAGGAAGAAAAUGUCACAUCACGGUAGUAAAAUGAUAUCAAGGUAGAAAAUGUCACGUCACGGUAGUAAAAUGAUAUCAAGGAAAAAAGUGUCACACCACAGUAGUAAAAUGAUAUCAAAGUAGAAAAUGUUCCAUCACGGUAGUAAAAUGACAUCAAGGAAGAAAAUGUCACAUCACGGUAGUAAAAUGAUAUCAAGGUAG